AUGGCCGCAAAGGAACUGAAUCCGUACCGCAACAGUCGCCCUUGGCUGGUACGACGCCCAAUCCGCGUCCGGUCACGCACCCUGGUGCCGCUCAAGAUCACGACAGAGAUCGCAAAUGACGCGAAGCUCGCAAAAACGCCGGCAAUCGGAAGCGUCAGCGUUCCUUCUCCCGUAUCGGCUAACCCCGCCGCGCCAGAAGUAUCGAGCGAACAGACGGAGGGCGACGCCGAGCCGGCGGCCGCUGCCGUCGAUGUCAAGCCGAACGAGCUGCCGCUGCCCAUGUCCCCGUCGAUCGACUGCAGGUUCACAGAUUUCUCCAACCUGCUCGGCAUCAGUGUGCAGCCUCCGCCCGAGGAGGAGCCUGUCGUCGUUGCCACCACCGAGACCGGGUCCUACUGCCGCGCCGCGCCCGACGAAGACAUUUACGGCUGGGACGCCGAGCUUGAGCGACAGAGCCGGCUCACCAGACCCGUCCUGGCUUGCGCGUACGACCAGGACUGCCAAUAUCGCCGGACUAGCAUUACCAAGCGCAGCCUCCUACACCGUGUUUUCAGCAUGGGGAACUCACCCAGAGAUCUUGACGACAUGGAGGUACGCCGUGCUAGCAGCACCUCCAGCUAG